CUAUUGAGCCAGUGCACCGGGUAUCGGGGGAGAGGGUAGGCCGGUGGGCCGGAUGUGUUGCCGUGGAAUUGAGGAUGAUGGCGGCCAGUGUGGGCCUUGUGCGGGCUCUCGGGAUCCCUUCACUUUCAACCCAACGCCGGUUGGGAGUAACUUUCGCCGGCUUCGUGGGACAGAGGAACAACAAUGCAGCAAAAACUUGCUUCUCUACAACUCCGGGUGAUGACAAGUCUUCAUCAAAGGAUAACAAAAGCAAUAAUGAUGAUGGAACCUUAAAAUUUAGCACCAGCAAGGCAAGCUAUCGUGUUUGGACAGUGAACAGGUCCCUGGGCAGUGAUUACCAGAACACCUGGUGGAAGGUUUUUUCUCUGAGCCUUGCUGGAAUUGCAUUUGUAGUCUGGUGUUUCCUACGGAAAGAAACUGAAAUUGAUAGAACACUGGAACAGACAUUGCUUGACCAUUUGCCCGAUUUCAAGCAGCCUACAGCUGAACCAGAGGAGCAUGCCAAGCAAAGAAACAUAACACAAAGGUAAAAUACUGCUGCUGCUGCUGCUGGACAUCUGAAAUGAAAACAGAAAAAUACUGAAACAGAAUCUGUGGAGAAAGAAACAGAGUCAACAGUUCAGAUCGAUGAUCUUCUGUCAGUUUGGAGAAAGGAACAUAAAUGAACUAUAAAGGCCUCCCACAGACAGCAAUACUUUACUGCAUAUUCAUAAUAUUUUGUACAGGAGUAAAAUGAUAGGUGAUUAAAUGACAGACUGUUUAAAACUUCAUCGGUGAAAAUUUGGACAGCUUUAAAUUUGAUUGAGACAUUGCAGCACCUGCUCUUGAAAUUACUUCAAAGGCAGGGUUUUGGAGGUGAGUCAAUCUUCAUCUUUCACCAAUACUAAAUAGGGAGACGGUAGUGAAGAGUUAGGCCACCUGUGUACCCUCUUGGUCACUGGACAGUAUAGAUGGCAACACCUAAUUCUGAAUUUUCCAGACCAGAUUUGCCUGUUUCAUCCUUGUUCUGUGUUAACUGCAGCUUUUGUGGCUGCAGCAGCUGCGGUUUGCCUGUGUCCCCACGCUAUGCAAAAAAAAGCAGCCGGGUUUUCUGCUUAUCCUAUCCUUUUAGAUGUUGGGAGAGGAGAUUCUCGGCCACUUGCCAUUGCCUGGGGAACUGUCCACUAACAUAAGUCCCAUUUUCAGUGGAGGAAAUGUAGCUACUGGGGAGAAAACAGACAAACUAAACCUCAGGUUUACCACUUGACAACUCAGUGAUCAUAAAAUAAGUGGUGAGAAAUGGAGCUAUAUAGCCCAACAGAGAAUGGUGUUGUCACAUGGCUACCAGUCUGCCAUUGCCAUUACCAACACAGCAUCUGCCAGCCUCUUGAUUUAUUACCACCAUGAGUAAGAGACCUGUAACCGUAAAUACUGCAGCUCCCCUAAUGUCCCACUGAGUAAAGAGUGUAGCAAUCGCCAUAACGAUCCCAAAAUACCAAACUCAGUUCUUGAUCUCUGCCCAGCCAGAGCAAGUGUGCCCCAUUGGUAUCCAAACUCAUGCAGGGAGAAUAUUAUCCAUUGACUCCUUUUAGAAAGUCCACUUUAUUGUGCAUCUGAGGACAGGAUCAACUCUGCUGUGAUGACCUCCAGAGUUGAAGAGCGAGGAUACUAUCUAUAAUCCUUUUGCAAUUUAUUGUUCAAAUAGAUGAAAUGUGAAUGUUUCUCCAUUCCCCUUUCCUGAAAGCUGAGUGAUGAACACCUCACACUACCUAAAAAAUGAUUUUAAAAUAAUUCAUUUUGUCACACCACUGCCUCCCAGGCCUGCAACAAUGCUACUGUUUGGACACGUCAGCACUGUUGACCAGAGCAAAAAAAAGGAUCAUUAGUACAAAUAUGUAUUUUUUAAUCAAUCUGUUCAAUUGUUAAAUCACUAAUAAAUGUCUGAUACUCACUUCCA